CACACACCGUACCAACACACCUGCCGUUCAACCAAGCCCAUGCCUGAACCGCAAUUGAGGAGACGCCCUGUGGGCUCCGGAAGUAGAGGGUCUGCACCUCCGCGUCCCAAGGCGGCAAACCCGAAUCAAGCUGUCGCUCUGGCUGUCCUGUCAGAGCUGGGGGCCAUGAUGGAGCUGUUUUUCAAAGGACUCAGGCUUGAGGAGAUGAAAGGUUGGGGCGAGUUUUUCGCGCGGUUCAAGGCGCCGCGAGCUUGGAACACCAAGGUCCUCGAUGAGCGGUUGACGACGAACUUACUCCACUACCGAGGGAACUACAGCGUGGUUGCUGCCGGCUUGCUGGUCGUCGGCAUUAUUUCGAACCCGUACGUGCUGCUGGCAUUGCUCUGCUGCGCGCUGCUGCUCACGUUCCUGUUCCCCAUUGGGGAACCACGGCGAGCGGUAAGGGUGGGCGACCGGACGCUGGAAAGGCAAGAGCGGCUGGCGGCGGCGGUCAUCGGCGCAUCUUGCAUCCUGGGGUUGACAGGGGCCUGGUACAUUCUCCUGUUUUACGGCGGGGCAGGCGUGCUUCUCUGCCUGUUGCACGGCGUGUUUCGGCCCCGAUCAAUAGGCAGCAAGACUAGCCGCGCGGCCGCGGAAGCCCAGGCCGGCUUCACCAUCGAGAACGCGCAGAACUUUGUGGAAAACGUCUUCGGCAUAACCGGUUCGCGAUCCCAAUAGCGCACCGAGCACAUCGAUGUGGUACGUUGUUACCUCUUGGAUGGCGUCUUUUUCUGCAAAGCUUCGUCGUUUCACAAGAGGCGAGGAGAAGGGGAGGACGUGAGCUCAGCUCUUCCUUUCCCGAUAGGGGGACUUGCAAUACAGAGCAUGUGCUCGGACGGCCAAUCAGGAGCAGGCGGAUCGGAAGAUGGCUGGUAGGGCAUCUUCGUGAGAAUGGUGCUCUCAUUCACAAUUGAGUUUUUUGCGGGAUGAGGUUGAGAAUGCUCAUUCACCGUCGACUAUCGCGAGAUAAGGUUGAUACCGUGGUGAAUCCCGGCCGGGGGAUGCCAUGAAGCGAGAUGCGUUCUGGUAGGGAAAGUUGGCUUGCCGGUUGGGACGGGUACGAUUUGGCGGAAUCCGAGGAUGACGAGAAGAAAGUUUGGUUUUGCGUCACAACAAGCUUCUACGCUAGAACACUAGAUAUGUCUUCCCUGCCGGAUAUGGCAAUCGAUGCCCAUACUCGUGAGACAUUGUGACACGCAGGGGACGGUGUGCGUCGAAAAGGUUUUGCUGGCCCGGUGCUGGUGCUGGUUCCGCCAUGCUGCACUCUGCUUUUUUGAACGUACUUUGGAGUCGCGGAGACGGCGUAACUCCCCCCCUUCGAUCUGGAACGAAAAUUUGAGGUCGAAAGUAGCUAUGUACAUAGUGUGAUAUGAACGAAGCUCGUUUUUAAGCACUUGGUUGCUGGUUGAUCCCAUGAAGAGCUGCUCGCAGGCAACAUGUUGUGUACUUACAUCAGCAUGUUUGCACAUGUUGGCCUAGAGAACGAAGGGCUGCUGCAGACCGCGAGGUGGGGUGCCAUGAGGGCCACGAAGCAACGGAGAAAUCCGGCGCAGGAGUUCGAUUCUUCCUCGGUCCCAACGUCUCAACCAUGGGCUGAUGUCUCUUCCCUGUGUUUGGCUCUUACACGUUUUUCUGAUCCUCUCCUUUUCCGAGUUCGCUCGUAUCCCGGUUGUUGGCAUUUUUUUGUGAUCUGCUACACGUGCAUCGCGAUUUGCAGAUUUUCUGGGUCCUUUUUUGUUCCACAUUCUUCGAUUUCUAGAAUCGCGUACCCUUUUUGGGUAGUCGGCCAGUGAUCAUGAAAGGGGUCCGCGUCGGUUGGACCAGUACUAGGGAGAUUGACGGUAGUGAGUAGUGAGCAGAGGGAGAUCGUAGCGGUUUUGAAUGUGAAAAAAUCGAAACAACAACGAAC